AUGGCGAGGAGGAGAACAAGGGGUAAGGGGGUGAUGAAAGAUCAAGAGGGAGAAACCGGAAUAGAGAGUAGCAAACAUUCACCGAUUGAAUUGGGGGAAAAUCAAUUGGAAAAAGCAGAUCUGCAAAUUGGGGAAAGCUCUUCUAGGGUUCGGUCAAGGGUUCAUGUGGAACAACUGGUGACAGAGAAGGGUGAACCACAGGGGGAUGAACACUUGAGGAUUCAAGCAAAGAAGCUAAGUGAGAUUUUGGGUCUUAAUCCAUCACGAAAAUUGGAAUGGCCAAGCUCUAAGGAGGCGGCAAAAGCUUCCUGCUGGGGGUUAGACACUGUGAAGAAGCUUAAAAAAGGAGGAGUGUCGUUGGAUUACAUAAUCCCAAAGGAGAAGGAUGGAAUUCCAGUGGCUAUGUUGUAA